CGGUUUUACUCUUGUGAAUUAUUGCAUGGGUCAAGCGGAUAUGAUAUCACUCUCACAAAAGGUAGCCCUAAUAACAGGAGCAAGUUCAGGAAUUGGAAGGGCAACUGCAGUUUUGUUUGCAGAACUGGGAGCAUGCAUUGCUUUGGUUGCUCGAGAUAAAACAAGAUUGGAGGAGACUCAGCAAGCAUGCAUUAAAGCAGCUCAAAAAGAAGUUUAUGCAAAGCACAAAGAGCCUUUUUUGUGCGUUGAAUCUGAUUUAACCGAUUCAAAGGAAACGGAAAAAGCUUACCGUUUGGUGAUUAACCACUUUCAUCAACUUGAUAUACUGGUAAAUAAUGCUGGAUGCAUGAUACGAGAUACAGCAGAAACAUUCAAUGUGGAUGAAUUUGAUCAUUUAAUGAAAGUCAAUUUAACUGCUGCAAUUUCUUUAACUCAAAAUGAAAUUUACCCAUAA